AUGACAACACCAACUAUAUAUUACUAUGAUCGUGGAGUGAUCUUCCGUGUGCUCAUCAAUCGAUUUCUCAUCAGAACGAUCAUCGACUCAUUGUCAUGGCGUGUUGUAAACAGGAGGACAUUACAACAUAGGAUCAAUGAGCUCGCCAAAUAUGGCAGAAACAGCCACAAUGACGAACCAAUACCUAAACAUUGCUUUCGCUACAAGUACCAUCACUGGACUGAUGCAGAGUCCAUGUUCAAAUAUCGACAUCAUGGUCUGUUGCGUGAUCGAAUCAAACGCAACCUAUACAUCAACUUCACACACUCCACUCCAUUGAUCAUGUUCAAUCAUGGUGAUGUUGACAAAGAGACUUUCAUGGAUGUCUAUCUCAAGUAUCAACGAUACUUCACAGAUGUUGCGUUACUCAGGUAUGCUGUCCAAGCCAACAACAAGCUCGCUGUCUUGGUGCUCUGGCAUCAAACAUCUCCAGUGAUCAUGGAUCGAAACUUUUCGUUACUGAUCGAUGCGGUCCAGAGUGGAUCAUUCAUUGUGCUCGGCUUCCUCUUGGACUCGAGCAAUGAUCAGAUGUUGGGCAGGUUCUUGGAUACUGUCAAAUCCAAGUACAUGCAUCACUUCUACUCAUCAGCAUCAACCAUUCGAUACGUUUUGGAUGCCAACCACUUCCCUCCAGCACUAAUCAAUCUGGUCAAGGAGGAAGCAUACUCAUUCUCUCAGUGUAUAAUAUCCACAUGUGAUCAACAACUAAUUGAUCAACUGCUGAUCGAACAUAGUCGGGCAUCAACCACUAGAGGUCACCCACGAUUACGGGGUGUAGUUGAGUUGCUUCCAAAUGCGUCGCCAGCUAACCAACUGGCACAUAUUGAGAUGAUGUUUAUGCCCGUACCAAAUGACGACAGGACUUGGCAUGAACGAUCACUCAAACAUCUUGAGUCUUCCAAGUCGACAGCACAUUCAAUAUUGAAGUACAAGAGUUUGGCACCAACUCAUUCAGCUCGGGUUAAUGACUGCAUGGGAGAUGAACAGAGGAUGGUGUUUGUGAAGCUUGGCAACAUCAAAUGGGAGUUCGAACACUCACAUUCAAAAGUCCAUAUCAAAUCACAUGCAGUGAUCAUCAAGUACUUGACACACCAGUACGUACUCACUGGAGACUGCAUGCUCAUACCAUUCAUCAUUGAACAGCCAGGUCAUGGAUGCGACAAAGAUGAUAUAUCGGAUUUGAUCCAACAGAUCAUCAGACAUGGCAACCUCAAUCAGAUAAUCGUGGCACUUGAAGUGUUGAACAACAUAAGCAUUCUCGACAAGGUUAUUGAUGAUCCUAGAUUCAGAAUGGGUUGUCUCCAGGGAGACAUGUACAACUCAUUCCUCGAAGCCGAUGACUUAUCAAACAGUUUGGAUGUGAUCAAGUAUCUAAACGAAAACAAAGUCGUUCAGAGUUUCACCAUGGCCAAACCCAACAUUGUACUUCACAUCCAGCAGCUGGAGUUCCUGAUGUCAAAUGAGAACAAGAUAUUUCCAACUGAUGCAUUGAGCCUUAGAUUGGUAUUGAUGGAAAUGCAUCACAUCGACUAUGUGCUCCAGGUCAACCCAUCAUUCUUCCAACCAGCGACCCACAGCGACUACUAUGGAUGUGGAUACUACCAUCAGUUGAACAUAAUAGUCUACUCAUUUAGGCAGAAGAAAUUUAUUCUUGGUACUUAUAUUCUUUGUCCAAAAUGGUCGAUCCAGACACUACAUUGA